CAUGUCAGUGGUGAUAUGUAACUGGCUUUUUAACCAGAGCUUUCAGUGUAUUUUUGCACAGAACAUGUAAAGGCUUCAGAUAUGUUCACACAAACAGAUAUACUCUCCAUUCAAACUGAUCAUUGCCGAACUCAAACACUGACUGGUGGACCUGAGUUUACCCAACUUCCACAGUACUGCAUGGAUGACAUCUUGAAAUCAAAAAGCAAUGAUGGGGAUGUAUUUAGGCUUUAUUUGGAACAUAUUUAUGGUUUUGUAUUUUUCUUGCACUUAUUGCAUUUCAUUGGCCAUUUCGAUGAUGAUGUUAAUAAUUCCUGUCUUCUUUAUUUUUUACAGUGCUGAGUCUAAUGACAAGACUGGGGAGCCCAAAGGCUGUACUGACUCUGCAGCCUAACUGGCCCCUGUUCUUCACUGGAGAGACCGUCACUCUCACGUGUUUGGGACAGCCAUUCAAACAUUAUGGAUUCACCUGGUACAGAAAUGAACCAAAUAUGUCUUUGGCAAAGCACACAUCCCAGGAUAACAUCUACACCAUUGCACCUGUUACUGAAGCCCACAGUGGUGUAUACUACUGUACUGCUGAAUACGGGAGUGAUCCUGUCAGACUGAACGUGUCAGCACUGCCUAAAGCCACUCUGACGGUAGAACCAAAAUGGCGCCCACUGUACAAUGGAGAGACCGUCACCCUGAGGUGUGAGGUGGACUCCGACAGAAACUGGACAUAUUCCUGGUACAAAGACCAGGCCCAGAAGGCUGUGUCUCAGACUGCAGGUCACAGUGUAACUGGUAACAGACUCAACAUCCCUGGUGCUGCUGGGACUGACCAGGGGCAGUACUGGUGUGAGGGGAGGCUGGAGGGGAGAAAAGUGACAUCACAGCGCAGCAACUCCAUCAAUCUGACUGUUGCAGCCCUGCCUAAAGCCACUCUGACUGUAGAGCCAAAAUGGCGCCCACUGUACAAUGGAGAGACCGUCACCCUGAGGUGUGAGGUGGACUCCUACAGCAACUGGAUACAUUCCUGGUACAAAGACCAGACCCAGAUGACUGUGUCUCAGACUGCUGGUCACAGUGUGACUGGUAACAGACUCACCAUCCCUGGUGCUGCUGGGUCUGACCAGGGGCAGUACUGGUGUGAGGGGAGGCUGGAGGGGAGAAAAGUGACAUCACAGCGCAGCGAAUCCAUCAAUCUGACUGUUGCAGCCCUGCCUAAAGCCACUCUGACUGUAGAGCCAAAAUGGCGCCCACUGUACAAUGGAGAGACCGUCACCCUGAGGUGUGAGGUGGACUCAUACAGCAACUGGACACAUUCCUGGUACAAAGACCAGGCCCAGAUGACUGUGUCUCAGACUGCUGGCCACAGUGUGACUGGUAACAGACUCACCAUCCCUGGUGCUGCUGGGUCUGACCAGGGGCAGUACUGGUGUGAGGGGAGGCUGGAGGGGAGAAAAGUGACAUCACAGCACAGCGACUCCAUCAAUCUGACUGUUGCAGCCCUGCCUAAAGCCACUCAGACCGUAGAGCCAAAAUGGCGCCCACUGUACAAUGGAGAGACCGUCACCCUGAGGUGUGAGGUGGACUCCUACAGCAGCUGGACGUAUUGCUGGUACAAUGACCAGGCCCAGAUGGCUGUGUCUCAGACUGCUGGUCACAGUGUGACUGGUAACAGACUCACCAUCCCUGGUGCUGCUGGGUCUGACCAGGGGCAGUACUGGUGUGAGGGGAGGCUGGAGGGGAGAAAUGUGACAUCACAGCGCAGUGACUCCAUCAAUCUGACUGUUGCAGCACUGCCUAAAGCCACUCUGACCGUAGAGCCAAAAUGGCACCCACUGUACAAUGGAGAGACCGUCACCCUGAAGUGUGAGGUGGACUCCUACAGCAACUGGAUAUAUUCCUGGUACAAAGACCAGGCCCAGAUGGCUGUGUCUCAGACUGCUGGUCACAGUGUGACUGGUAACAGAUUCACCAUCCCUGGUGCUGCUGGGUCUGACCAGGGGCAGUACUGGUGUGAGGGGAGGCUGGAGGGGAGAAAAGUGACAUCACAGCGCAGUGACUCCAUCAAUCUGACUGUUGCAGCCCUGCCUAAUGCCUCUCUGACUGUAGAGCCAAAAUGGCGCCCACUGUACAGUGGAGAGACUGUCACUCUGAGGUGUGAGGUGGACUCCUACAGAAACUGGAUAUAUUCCUGGUACAAAGACCAGCCGCACAUGGCUGUGUCUCAGACUGCUGGUUACAGUGUAACUGGUAACAGAUUCACCAUCCCUGGUGCUGCUGGGUCUGACCAGGGGCAGUACUGGUGUGAGGGGAGGCUGGAGGGGAGAAAUGUGACAUCACAGCGCAGCGACUCCAUCACUGUUGCAGCCCUGCCUAAUGCCACUCUGAUCAUGAAGCCAAAAUGGCGCCUACUGUCCAAUGGAGAGACCGUCACACUGAGGUGUGAGGUGGACUCCUACAGCAACUGGACACAUUUCUGGUACAGAGACCAUAACCAGACAGCCACAUCUCUCUCUAAAGAGUACAGUGUAAACAUCACUGGGGCUGCUGGUUCUCACCAGGGGCAGUACUGGUGUGAGGGGAGGCUGGAGGGGAGAAAUGUGACAUCACAGCGCAGCGACUCCAUCACUCUUACUGUUGCAGGUAAUUGAGCCAUUCAUUGGUGUCAUU